CUUAUUAAAACAAACAUCCAAGCUUAAGACCUUGGCUAGUGAAUAAAGUUUCUAUUUUUAAACAGGCAAAGCUAAGACCACUGGAAAUAAUAAGAUCCAGUAUUCCAGUGCAGACGGACUAGAACUAUUUUAGGUUAGACUUUCCAGCCUGCGUCAGACCUCAUUGUGCGCAGAUGCUGCAUACCCAACCCCAACUCCAGCCCACUACUCUACUCCUUUGCUAGCCGCAGCUUCCUCUCAGAUCUGCGGCAGAGCGAGCGGGAGGGCGCGAGAGUCCGAGCGGGAUGGCGAGAACGAAGAGAGUAGGCGCACGCGAUGUUCUCGACCCAGGGAAGCUGCAGCCAAAAAUUCGUCCUGUUAGUAAGAGAAAACUAUUGACAGGCGAAAGGUCUAAUGCUCAGAGCCAGCUAGGCAAAAGGAAGAAUAAACUCGGAAUGGCUCAAGUUCAGCUGAAUGGAGCCACUGCCCAAGGCAAUGGCAAUAAUGGCAUUAAUGCCGAGGAUAAUGAACCCUAUCAAAUAAGUGACGAUGACUUGGAUGACCUGGAUGAUGAUUGCCUGUUGGAGGAGGCAGAGACCACAGGUGGUGCCAACAGCCUAGGCCGUGGUCCCUACGAAAGGGCUUGGACAACGGAGGCAACCAGGGCAUUGAUACACAUACGCGGUCCCAUGGAGGGAAGCUUCACGGAGGGCAGACAAAAAAGAACCGCCCUUUGGCUGCACUGCACCCGUCAACUGCAGCGCCUGGGUUUCCGAUACUCCGCCGCCAAGGUGCAGAAAAAGUGGCACAACAUCCUCAUCACCUACAACAAGAAUCUGAGCAAGAAAUACGUAUCUGGCUACGUGCAUUGGGAGUUCUUCGAGGAGAUGUUCAAGUAUUUGCAGGGCAAGAAGGCGGACUUUGACAUGCACCUGCCUCAGCCAUCCGCAACAGUUCCUCAAACACCAGUUCUUGCUCCAGGACAAGCUAUUGGUCAAGGACAGCCGCAGCAACCGCUCCAGCUGCAGCCAAAUCCCGUAACCAUUAAGCCCGAGCCUUCGCAAAUGAAGCUGCAGAUAAAAUCCCAGACUCCGGCGAAGGAGGAACAACAGCCCUAUAUCACACCUGUGGAUCAGGUGCUCCUGCAGGCCCAGAUGAACAUGGACAGCAAAUCCAACGACGAGUUCGAUGAGGACAGCAACACCAUGUCGGAGGUACGUCAGCCCAAGAUGGAGUACGACGGUGAACACGCGGCGGAGGCAGAUCGACAUAGCGACAGUAGUCAGCAUCUGGAGGGUAAUGAGCUGGCUCGUCCACAGGGACAGGUUCCGGCAGGUGCUUCCGCCGAUGACAUCUGGUGGAAGGACUACUUCGAACGGAAACUGGAGGUGGAGCGAGAGAAAAUGGAGCUGCAGCGGAACUUGCAGCAGGAGCAGGUGCAAAUCCAGAAGAUGUCGCUGGUGCAGCAGGAGCGGAUCGAGCGCAUGAAGAUCGAUGCCAUCAAUAGCCUUACGGCCACCCUGCAGAAGCUCGUGGAGGCGAAGUGCCGCCGGGCCUAAACUCUUCCUAGUUCCAGUCCUAAUCCCUCCCAGUAACUAAUUGUAAUCUUUAGGCUUU